GCGUAUGUGCUCUGUUCCGCUUUGACGUGAAGAGGUCAACGAGGAAGUUGUGUUUACAAACAAAUUUGGCGGAGUGUUCCUCUCCACACACGAUUGUUAAAGAUCAUGACAUAACCUUCCUUUGAACGUUAGGUGCAAUAGAUGGACGAGGAGGUGAUCGGCAAGAGGCAUGAUGACUCUAGUACAGGGGCCUGACAUUUCACUGGAAAAAGAUGACAGUGGACGGAUAGAUGUUGACUUCCUUCUGCCAAAUGGAGUCCUCAUUCCCAUGCGCAUUGACUUCUUCACCUCUCUGGAUCUUAUCAAAAGAUCCCUAUGGCGAGAAGUGGAGAAGUAUCCUUUGCAUAGCAAGCUCAAACGAGAAGAUCACUACAGCUUUUUGUUUGUCAACAGAGUUGGUGAAAAGGAAGAGAUUUUGGAUGAGAGCCAGAACCUUAAUGAUGUUAGGCCCUUCUGGCCUGCUUUAAAAUUGGUGGAGAAGAAACCAAAUGGAGGGACCCAGACUCUAGAACGCACUGUCAAUAAUCUCAUUGGGAAAGGGCCACAAAAACAUGAUUCCUUCCAGCCGGCAGAGAUUGACUUUUUCCGCAAACAGAUGGAUGAGCUUUGCCAGGAAAUAAUAACAACAAGGAGAGGGCAGACAGCCAUGGAGAAGUUUCAAUGGCGUCAUCCUGUACGGCUACGGAGUUCUCCACAGGUGCCAUCACAGCUGGAAAGUCGCCUUGACAAUGGGCACAUUGUCAUAGAAGUUAACUGGCAAAGCUCAGAGAACACUAGUACAAAGCUGAAGCUGAGUGCCCAGUGCUACCCACUAGAUGCUGUUCAUAUGUGUCUGUCCAAACGAGCAUCUAUCACAGGAGGACCAGUGGCAGACAAAAAUGAUUAUAUGCUGAAAGUUUUUGGACUGGAUGAGUACAUCUAUGGAGACUAUCCUUUAAUUCAGUUCAAGUAUGUCUACCAGUGCCUAGUGAAAAACAUAGCACCACAGUUUUGGCUUGUCUUAAAAGACACUCUUCCAGAUAUAGCACCCCCUGUUCCAACUCGCCCCCCACGGCCAGGAACACAGGCACCUACAGCUGUGCCAGAGCAGCAGAGGGAUGGAGAAUACUGUGUAUGGAAUGUUGGUGCUCCCUUUAGCCUUAGCAUUACAGGACUGUCCAAAGUGCAGCUAUCUGACAGUGUCAAGGUGAAGCUGUACAUUGGACUUUACCAUGGUAACGAGGCAUUGUGUGAAGUCAAGGAGACUGGUGAGCUAUCUGUUCAAGAUGGUAGCUGCAAUGUCAAAGCAGAGUUAUCCUUUGCUAUCUCUGUGGCAGACAUUCCUCGUUGUUGUCGUCUGUGUUUCACUUUAUAUGCUGCAGCCAAGAAGAAUGCAAAGGAUUUCAAUCCAGUUGCAUGGAUGAACACACCUGUGUACGAUUUCAAGGGACGUUUGCCCCGUGGGGAUAGGGUUCUGCCACUCUGGCCAUUUGAAGCCCUUCAGCUUGAUGAUCUAUGCUAUCCUAUUGGAACGGUGGCUAUGAACUCGCUGGGCCAUGAUGCAACAACACUGUCCAUUAACUUUCCUGACUACAACGUCAGGUCAUCGAUAGUGUACCCAGCCUACCAUGCUGUGAAAGAGUUUGCCGCUGAAAAGAUGGAGCCCGAGGGAACACCAGGUUCACCUUACAUGAAGGUGAGCAAGCUUCAUCUGGAGCAACUGCAUACUGCCCUGCAGCAGGAGGAGCUUUUUGAGCAGGACAAGGACCUUCUCUGGGUGCUGCGGUAUGAGAUUCGUGAACGGUUCCCUCACCACCUCUCCAAGCUUUUGCAGGCAGUCAAAUGGAGCAGUCAUGUCGAUGUUGCCAAGGUUGUAAUUCUAAUUGAAUCUUGGCCUCGGCUACCUGUGGACUAUGCUUUGGAGCUUUUGGACUGUGAAUUUCCUGACUAUCAUGUCCGCAAGUUUGCAGUGGAGUGUUUGAAUGAUGCAUUAGGAGAUGAUGAGUUAUCACAGUAUCUGCUACAGCUGGUUCAAGCUAUCAAAUAUGAAACAUACCUAAGUUGCCCUCUUGUGAAGUUUCUCCUGACACGGGCACUGAAAAAUGAACACCUGGGACACAAGCUUUUCUGGCUUCUCAAGUCAGAAAUGCACAAUCCAGCAGUAAUGGUACGAUACUCCUUGAUCCUGGAGUCAUAUUUACGAGCUAACCGAGAACACCUGCUGGCACUGGUCAAACAGAAAGAUGCCCUGAGCAAACUCACAUUUGUCAAUCAGCUUAUCAAAAUGGAUCGCUACAGGCUGGAGGACCAGAAAUCACGUGAACAAGCACUGACAGACAUGAGGUCUGUGCUGAGCCAAAAGAAUUAUGGAGUGAUUCUUUCAGAUCUAUACAGCCCCUUGUCUCCUCUUUUCAAGCUCCAGAAACUGGAGGUAUCACAAUGUCGAGUUAUGAACUCCAAGAAACGUCCUCUGUUCCUUGUGUGGUCUAAUGCGGAUCCUGUUGGCCCUGACAUUUGUAUUAUCUAUAAGAAUGGAGAUGAUCUUCGUCAAGACAUGCUGACAUUACAGAUUUUACAACUCAUGGACCACAUCUGGCAAGCAGAGGGUCUUGAUCUCAGAAUGAACCCAUACAUGUGUAUUGCCACUGGGCCGGAGCAGGGUUUGAUAGAGGUGGUGACAGAAGCCCAGACCAUUGCUGACAUCCAGAAAUGGUACAAGAAUAAUGCAUUUGACAAGCGUGCCUUGUUUGAAUGGCUGAAAACCAAUCACCGCACUGAAGAAAGUCUUGACCGAGCCGUGGAAGAAUUCAUGCUGUCAUGUGCUGGCUACUGUGUGGCAACAUAUGUUCUUGGCAUUGGUGACAGACACAAUGACAACAUCAUGAUGAAGAAAUCUGGACAGCUAUUCCACAUUGAUUUUGGUCACUUCCUUGGAAACUUCAAGAGUAAGUUUGGAAUGAAGCGUGAGAGAGUUCCUUUUGUUCUCACCACACACUUUGUGCAUGUCAUCAAGAAGGGAGAAACUAACAACUCCAACUUUGAGAGGUUCCAAGAGACCUGUGAGAAAGCCUACCUUAUACUGCGAGCAAAAGCCCACCUUCUGAUCUCUCUCUUUAUGAUGAUGUUGUCCUCUGGGAUUCCUCAACUCACCUGUCGUAAAGAUGUAGACUACUUAAAGGAAACUCUGGUGCCACACCUGUCUGAAGCUGAUGCCAGAGAACAUUUUCGUGCAAAGUUUAAAGAGGCACUGAAAAAUUCCUGGACAACAAGUGUAAACUUCUGGUUCCACAUCAAGGCCAAAGACUAAAUGCAUCUUAAAGCCAUAGAACUUCAAGACUGAAUAUGUGUGUGUGUGUAUAUAUAUAUACACACGCAUACAUAUGCAUUUUUUUCUGAGUUACUGUUAAAAAAACCCGACAUCCUUAAAAGAGACUGUUAUUUGAUUUCUUCUCCAGAACUUUCCAGAAUAUGCUGCCAUAGGAGGAUCACCAGAACAAACCAAAUUGUAAUGAUUGUAAUGAUUACAUUUCUGAAGGAUUUGUGGUGCUUUGCAGUCAGUGUUUCUGCUUGAAGGAGGUAUUGUCAGAUCAGCAGCACCAGUCACAAGACAUUGCUGAGCAUACAAUGGAAUGAUUCCCGGUUUCUUUACACAUUUAGAGAAGCAAUUGAUCAAAACUGUGUUUCAGCAAUGUGUUCAUGGGUUAUAGGAUGUGUACAUGCAUGUGCUGUGCUUGUGUUUAAGUAGGCAUGUCUGUUUUUGCAUGAGUCUCCAAGCAUAUGAAUGUGAAUAUGGAAAUAAUGUCUAUUAAACAGUCAUUCACAUUCAUCAAAACUCCUCAUCAAAUCUGAGGUCAUGAGACUGUUCCAUGUUGAAUAGAAUAACUUUACUGUCUGAUAUUAACUUUUUGUAAAAGAUAUUUGGACUAAAGAAAAUGAGCACAAGAUUAAUAAAAUAAUAAGAUACUCAAACUGUUUCUCAGAACAAUUUUAAUGACUCAUGACCCAACGAUCAAGAAACAAAAUAAGAUAUAGUUAUCAUACCAGUUUAAGCAUACAAAGAUUGUUAUGUUACCAGAAAAGUGAAUUUUUUAUGACUGUGUGAUAUGUUUAUCUGCCUGAAGUAAAGAAUUAUAUUUAUCAUAAGAAAAUAACUUUGUGCUUUUAACCAUUAAAAUAUGAUGUUGGAAGCUGCUAGCAAUAUCACUUCUUCCAGAAAUAACACAUAGUAUGUUAAUAGCAUCAUAAACAUAUUGAAAAAAACCUUGGUUAUAAACCCAGGCUGUUUGUAGGCUGUGUAUGCAUUUGUGUGUGUCAUUAACUUGAGCACAAGAAUACUUUGCAUUCAAUUGUUUUUUUUUUUGUAAGUUCUUUCUGGAACCUCUAGUAUUACUAAUGCAUUUGUUUUGUCAGGCAGGAUGACUAGAAGUUGAUUGCUUUUCAAUAUUUAGAGUGGAUGUUAUGUACUCUGUUAUCUGAUUUACCUGUCUGUAUGACUGAAAAUUACUAGAUUUUUAUGGAAAUGUUUUUGAAAGUAAAUUUAGUACAACAGUAGGCUUACAUGGUUAAAUUUAUCAGAGCGAAUAGUUUAUCCAGUUUUACUGUUGCAUGUCUUUCUUAAGGGAUGAUUUAGCAUACUGUGAUUGUCUGCUUAACGUGACACAACUUUGGGUUAUACUUUGUGAUAAUUUACUGCAGCAGAUAUAUUAUAAAUAAGCCUGUUUGAAGAGAUUUGUGCCUGCAAUGUUAUCAGGUGAGCUGCUAACUCUGCUAAUUUAAUCAAACUUAUUAUAACAUUUUUACAGAAGUUCUUCCUUUUGUUUGAGAAAAGAUAUAGGGUUUUGCAUCUUUCUUCCCAGUUUGUGACAAUUCAUGAGGAUGUGAACUAUGGUCUGUUCGGAGUGUACACGAAAAUGUAUGAUGGUCGGUUGAUGAAACUGAAUAGCAAGAUGGUUAAUGAACCAUUUUGAAAUGAUCAUACAGUUUCAGUUUCCAUGAAUAGAACAUCAACAGAAAUGGAAAACUUUAUCCAAGAUGACAUAAAAGGUAUCACAUCAAGAUAACAUGUUUAUGCUUUUAUAAACUCUAAAAUUGUUCAGCAGGUGAUUUCAGCAUGUAGUUAUUUUAUUUAAAUACAAAAUCUGCUUCCAACCGAAGUGCUUUAAGAGAUGGCUACCUCAAGUAAAAGUAUUUUUUGUUUUUGAAUUAAGUAAUUUUUUCCCUAUUUGUCAGCAACUAGACAGACUGUAGUUUAAGUGUUAAUUUACAUGCAGCUACAGUGUUUUUAGUGUGCUCUACAUGAAGUUUCUAGAAAGGCAUAAAUAUUUUGACUGAUACCUUCAUUUUGGAGGAUUUUAACUCUUUGUCACAUUCCACUAGAAGCAGUUCUGCAAAUGUUAUGAGUAGGUAAAUAAAUAUUAUAGAAAUGGCAUUUGAUCCCAUUCACAUUCCAGAACUGGUAAGAACAAAAUAUUCAUGAUGUCAACCAUAUGCACAUUAGGAUGGAUCUGUUAGAAUGUGGUAAACAGUAGUUGCACAGGUUUUAACUGUAAUAGCUUUCAGCAGAUACCCAUGACUAGAUGUUGGUGUGUAGGAUCUGCUGCUUGUGUGUUGUGGUAAAAUGUCAUGAUUAUAUAUAUAUAAGAACACCUAAUAUGAAAGCAGUUAUGGUUUAUCAACACUGAUCUUUAUUGGGUUAAGCAAUGUUGAAUGAGUUGGCAAAAAUCAAAAUGUGAAGAUAAAUGUGCUGGAGGUGUUCUUUCUAAAUAAAACAUUCUCCACGAAGCGCCAGUUUCACAAGUUCAGUUAUAGCACAAAUAAACUCUUUUGCACAGAAGUUACAAAACUAAUUUUAGAUUAUUACAAGUGUAGUUGCACUCCAGGCACAAUAAUACAUUCAGUGACUUCGAUGUUACUUUAUUUUAUUUCCACUGAUUUGCACCUGUAUUACAGGACCUUGUUAUUACACGUUAAUGAAACCAGCGACAGAAACAAAUCUAUGCAAACGAAGAUAACUUGUUUUCGUUAUAUCAAUUUCAAGCUGAGAAAUGUUUGGGUUUUCUUUUGGUUUGUACCUCUCCUUAAUUGUCAGAUGCUCUCAUACUUGCUUGAGGCAUUUCAUGUAUUCAUGAUUUUAUGAGGUAAAACCAUCUUGUAUUACCUCUUCAGGAAAACAAAACCUGGAGGGUGGGUGGGGAGAAAGCAGGGACAAAUGGGCACCAAAUCGUGUCUUCUAAAAUGUGUCAUGUCUUAUACAAUGGGAACUUAUUUUCCUCUUGUGGAAGGUCUGUAAGAUUCUCACUGGUGUUGAUACUUGUUGAAAUUCUGGUUAUCUGCUAGAAACUGUGCAACUCAAGUAAGCUACGUACCAUAAUAAAAGCCCACAUCUGUUAUACAUCGUUGUUCGUUUUUCAUGGCUUAUUAUUAUUAAAAAAAUGGUGCUUAUGUUUUUCUUUCACUAUCUUGCGUGUGUGUACAUACAUGCUUGCUAUACGAGUCAUAUGUCACAUUCAUUCAGAUGGCAUACAUAGUUUUAUUUUAUGGAUUCCGAGACCAAAAGUUUGCAAAAAAUACAAUAUGUACUGAUGGCCUGAUCUAUCCCACAAGACUUCUCUGUUAACACACAUCCUAUACAGUUUGUGAACUUUACAGUUCAUGAUAAUGGGUAGUUUUUUUCUUACCACCAGUAUUUUUAAGUAGAACUCUCUACUUGAUAAAGUCUGUUGAUAAAUAUAUCAUGAAGUUUGUUCAUACUGCUAAUGAAUUAAAGUGACACAUAGUUCUUAAACUUUAUUUGCUGACUAUUCAAUUAUUGUUAUCAAAUGGAAGGGUACCAGGCAACUAUUUUUAUGUUCUAUUCAUGCAAUUCAUUUUUGAAGACAUUUUUUUUUUAAAUUGAGAGCAUUCACACUAUUGUUUGUACACAUUACUGCACCAAAUAAUCUAUGCAGGUUAAAUAUGAUAUGCCUUCCUCUACCAGUCCAUCAAAAUGUCAUAUUUAUGCAAAUAUCAAUAAAACAUUGUUGAGA